UGGAUGGCAACCGCAGGAUUCAUAUCCGUCGACUCAAUAGAUCAAGCGACGAAGAAUAUUCCGAUGUGCCCCUAGAUCCCAUUUCAACAACGACGUCAACUAUGUUCCGCACUAUCCCUGAGAAUCUUAUAUCACUAGCAACCCUUAGAUACCUUGGGUUCAAUGAAGAAACAGCAACAUACAUAUGGCACCGAUGGACAAAUUGGCCACCAGGACCCAUAGUCAGAGAAACAGACGAUGAUCGGGGGGCUGACUUUGUGAUGACCUUCAUCGAUUUUGCUACCGACCAUGUGACAGCGAAACGAGAACUUGACGCAUUUGAAGACCGGAACUUAGAUUGGUUCAAUUUCAUGGAUGAAUGCGGUAUAUGUCCCGAACUUGUCAAUCACAUUAUGGAUCCUGUCUUCAAGGAUAUUCGCCUUACACAAUCUUGUCUCUUCUGGGUUAAAGAUACGAUGGAGUUGCGAUACCGUGGCUUGCAAGAAGUACAAAAGGCGUCGCAUGAGAGAGCGAUGAGUCUCGGCCAAGAAACCUCGCGAUCUGACGAAUUAGGAUCCAGAGAAGGCGCAACAUCGUCCAGGGGCGGUUUCGGUUCAGCACGAGCCACAUGAUGUCCAAUAUCCAGCACACUGAGAGCUUCCGCGGGAACAUCUCCGUAUACUGCUAUGUUGGAAACUUCUAUUUCUAUAGCUACAAGAAUCCAGGGCUCCAUCACAGUGUACAAAGGGAUGGACAAGGGUCGAGCUGACCGGCUAUUCGAUGAUGCAGGAAACGUCCAUGAUAUAACCUCGUUAAAUUCUGAUCCUCCGAGCGACUUCAUCAAUACUAUGACUGGACUGGGGAUUUACUUCACUGUUUGUCAGGAGCUUGCAGUAAAAUAUGCUUGUUAUAUAAAGCACAGAGACAACGUAAUUGCGGUCGUCGUCGUCCGUGCUACAAUCCCCAACUCGGCCAUUGAAUCUUUAUCCUCGGCACAGCUACAGAAGAUAUUCUGGCCAAGUUAUAAGUGGAAAUCCCUGAUUUAUCACUCCCGCAGAGGCCUAAAGCUUCCAUCUGAUCUGGGCAGGAGUUUGAGGGACGCCAUCCUCAUCAUUGGAACGAUAUCAACUAGGCCAAAGCGCGUUUAUGACAGAAUGGAUGGUCCCGAAGAAGUCACUGAAGAUCACCUUCUGAGGGACAAAAACGGCAACCCAGCUAUUCAAUACGUAUUUCGUGGUGAAUCAGGCGGCGAGUUUUUCAUGCAGCAUAUCAUGCGUAGUAUGACGGUACAUGCCAUGACGACCAGAGAAUACAUAAGUUGGUACCAAAACCGUAGCGCAUACCCCAUACAUAACGAGAGCCUACCGGAGGCUCCUUUUGCUAAUAUGGGAGAAUCCGCCAACAGACCCUAAUAGAACCAGCUAGGAACAUCGCGGUCUCUUCACAAGCCGACCUCCGACCCUCCUGGGCUACCUACUAAUCAGCAGUGGGGAGGGUUAUGUCGGCGGUGUUAUAAUAUGAGGAUCGGCUGAAGGGAUUUGUCCCUCGCGAGGGAUAUCUACGUAGGCCUCGGGGGGGGGGGGGGGUUGAAUCUACCAGUAUGGACUGCACUGCGGCGUUCCAAGGCUAAAACGGGAGUC